AACAAACGUCGAAGGGUGCCCACCUACGAACCCUUGACAAGACUUUAAAUAUUGUUCAGGGAGAGAAUGGAGUAUCUUAAGGGGGAUCAAAAAUUAUCCUUGUAUAGACUCUGAGGGCCUUCAGAUUUUAUUCCCACCAUGGCUCUGGGAUUUGGUAUCCUUCCUCUCCUCCUCCUCGUGGCUAUAUUGAAGAAUGCUGCUGCGUCGCUCGACCGGAGUAGUUUCCCGGCUGGUUUCAUUUUUGGGACGUCCUCCUCGGCUUACCAGUACGAAGGUGGAGCUAGAGAUGGUGGCAGGGGGCCUAGCAUAUGGGAUGCCUUCACCCACAAGCACCCAGAGAAGAUUCUGGACCGAAGCAACGGUGAUGUAGCAGUGGAUUCUUUUCAUCGUUACAAGGAAGAUGUAGACAUUAUGAGGGACAUCGGCAUGGACGCUUACAGGUUUUCCAUCUCAUGGUCAAGAAUCCUACCUAAUGGCAGCCUAAGUGGAGGAAUCGACCGAGAAGGUAUCGUGUACUACAGGAAGCUUAUCAAUGAGCUCAUAUCCAAUGGUGUGCAACCAUUCGUGACCCUCCUCCAUUUUGACCCUCCCCAAGCCUUGGAAGAGAAAUAUGGAGGUUUCUUGAGCCAUCAUAUCGUGCAGGAUUUCAAGGUCUAUGCUGAGAUUUGCUUCAGGGAAUUUGGCAAUCAAGUGAAGAAUUGGAUCACGGUCAAUGAACCGUGGGGAUUCUGCACUAGUGGGUACGUAAAAGGCACGUAUGCACCGGGCCGGUGUUCCCCAUCGAAGAAGAGAAAGUGUGACAUGGGGGAUUCGGGAACGGAGCCAUACAUGGCCUGCCAUCACAUGCUACUGGCUCACGCCGCUGCGGUACGGCUAUACAAAGACAAGUAUCAGGCUACGCAGAAAGGCAAAAUAGGUAUAAUAUUGAUCUCCCAAUGGUAUGUCCCUCUCUCUGAUUCGGAGCCCGACAAGGAUGCAGCCAACAGGGCCUUAGAUUUCAUGCUUGGAUGGUUCAUGGACCCCUUGACUCGAGGAGAUUAUCCAUUGAGUAUGAGGACAUUGGUUGGAAACCGUUUGCCCAAAUUUACCAAACAGCAGUCAAGAAUGCUUAAUGGAUCAUUUGAUUUUAUUGGAGUUAAUUACUACACCGCACGAUAUGUUUCUGAACUUCGUGUGUCCGAGAAUGUUAGCGCAAGCUAUGAUACCGAUAUGCAGGCUCAAGCGACAGAGAUGCGUAAUGGAAUUCAAAUAGGUCCUAAGGCUGCUUCGGACUGGCUGUACAUCUACCCGCGAGGAAUAGGAGAUCUCUUACUCCAUUUAAAGACCAAAUACGACAACCCAAUUAUCUACAUCACGGAGAAUGGUGUAGAUGAGUUCAACAACAAGAGCGUAUCGCUUGAAGAAGCCUUGAAGGAUGACGCCAGAAUAAACUUCCAUAGGGAGCAUCUUCUAAAUGUUCAAAGAGCCAUCAGGAAAGGAGCAAAUGUGAGAGGAUACUUUGCUUGGUCAUUGUUAGAUAACUUUGAAUGGGCGGAUGGCUACACGGUGAGGUUUGGUAUUGUUUUCGUGGAUUUUGAAAAUGAUCUUAAGAGAUACCUCAAAAGCUCUGCUCAAUGGUUCAGCAAAUUCCUCAAAGGAAAGAUCCAUCAGAGUGUAAAAAUGUAUUCGCUUGUGAUGUAGUCGGUAAUACUUUGUUAUGGGGAAUUAUUAUAAUAUAAAAGCUCUGCCUCUUUAGGUUUGUAUUAUCUAUUUCUUGUGACACCAACAGUUGUUUGAGGUCACUGUACGAGUCAUUAUGGUUCUCUUCUUUUUCUAUGUAAGACGAACUACUGUUUUUUUUUUUUUCUGUGAAUGGGAAGAAGUAAUAGGAGGCUACAGUAUAA